AUGUCAAACAUAUACUAUAACUCCUCAAUAUACUGCUCAUCAUCUGUACCUUUCAACAUAUCAGAAAUAGAUAAAAAUUUCAUUUUCCCACAAAUUGAUUUAUACUACUGUCCAGAAUGCCAGUCACCAAGAGCGUUGUAUCAAACAUUUUUUAAAGUAAACUACAAGUUUUGCUCAAACUGUUUAACUGAUUUUACAAAAAGUCAAGAUCAAUAUACUUGUUCAAAAAAUUGCUUUGUAUGUCCUGAAUGUUCAUCCAACUUAAGUAUAUCAUUUGAAAAUCAUGAUAAUAAUGGUAAAUCGUUUAAAUUUAAAUGUGUUUAUUGUGAAUAUAAGUUCAAGACUUCUGUAAUUUACAAGCCCCAACUGUUGACUAAUAUAAUAAAUGAGUCAAAAAAGGAUUCAUUCAAUAAAUUAUGUCAAGACAUUAGGAAUGGUGUGUUAAAACUGGAAAAAGCCGAAAAAUUAAGUGAUAGAACAAUUAAAAAUUUACAAUUGAUGAACAAAAAUUUGACAAAAGAGAUGGAAGAACCAUUUACAAUUGAGAAAUAUCCACUUCCCAGCAAGUUAACUACGAAGAAAAUUGUUUACUGUUUGGAUUGUAAAAGUACCUUAUUUGCCCCAUUAGUUGAAAACAUACCACCAACGACUAAUAAAGUUCUUACGAGCUUUGUUGCAAUUGAUUAUUUACCACAUAUAUCUACCACAAAAUUAACUGAAAAUAUUUAUCUAUUACACUUCAUAAAUCCACUAGAGGUAAAAGUACAUUUUCAAAUUUUAAUUUCGAAUUCAGAUAGUUGCACAGUUGAUAUAACAACUACUGAUUUCGUGUUAGGACCAAAAAUAUCUAACUUGAUUAAAACUAUACCUAUUGCAUAUUUGACCCAUUCUACAACUCAAUCAAAAUCUGAAUUAAUCUUGAGAAAAGGUGGGAAAAUGUAUCAAGAAGCUACGGAAGAUAAUAUGGAUGAUUAUUUCGAGAAGGGUGCUAACUGGAUAUCAAUUCCUUUUGCCAUUAAUACAGAGUCUAGAAAUAUUGACCUACCUAUGCAUGUCAAACUACGUUGUGAUAACUCACCACAGGUUCAACUAAACAAAAUUAGUACAAAUUAUUGGUGUGUAUUAGCAAUAAAUUGA